CGUCCCUCCCCGCCCCUCGCCGCCUCUCCCUCCCUCCCUCCGGCUGGGGGCGGCCGGGUCCGCGAUCGCCGGAAUCCCAUUCCUCCUCCCUCGGUGCAUGGUCGCGGCGGGAGCCGGCGAGGGCGAGCCCGGCGGGGCGCGGGCCGGAGGCGGCGGCAGGAGCGGAGCCCCAGCGCGUAGGAGCCGCCAGUGCCCGGCGGAGGUAUUGCCAGGUGUCUGAAGUGGUUGACUAAGACCUAAAGACUUGGGACAGUGGUGUGUGAUGUCAAACAGUGGGCAGUCCUUGCAACCUCCCCUGCCAGCCUGCAGCAUCAUGUGCCAGUAUGAAUAUUAAGACAGAAAAGUAUACUUCAGAGCUCAGCAUCCCAGAAAGAAAAAAGGAGGAACUAAACAGAGAGAACAAAUGACUGCACUGCUUGCAAAACUUGGGGCCGUUCACUUUUUCUCCUGAGAAAUUUUAUCUUGGCCUUUGUGAGAGAGCUGAAAGAGCAGGCAGAGCAGCCACAGUGAUUUUCUUUGGGUCCUUUUUUUCUUUCUUAAUUUAAUUUUUUCCAUCUUGUGCCUGGAUUUUAAGACUGUCAGCUGCACUGAUCACAAGCACUGGACAUCAAUAUGUGUCAUGUCAUUGUAACGUGUCGGUCAAUGCUAUGGACUCUCCUGAGUAUUGUGGUGGCUUUUGCAGAGCUCAUUGCUUUUAUGAGUGCAGACUGGUUGAUUGGCAAAGCAAAGCCUUCAAGCUCUGAGGAUGUGGACAACAGAACAGGGGGGUCACAGGAGCCUUACCAUCCGACGCUGGGCAUCUAUGGGCGCUGCACCAGAAUAUCCCACAUGCAGCUUUCUAGACGAGACACGCUUUGUGGUCCUUACGCCGAAAACUUCAAUGAGAUUGCCAGUGGGUUCUGGCAGGCAACCGCUAUUUUCCUAGCCGUGGGAAUCAUGAUUCUCUGUGCCGUGGCAUUUGUGUCUGUCUUUACUAUGUGUGUGCAGAGUAUUAUGAAGAAAAGCAUUUUUAAUGUCUGUGGACUGCUACAAGGGAUUGCAGGCCUCUUCCUUAUCUUAGGCUUGAUACUUUACCCUGCAGGUUGGGGAUGCCAGAAGGCAAUAAGCUAUUGUGGACCUUACGCUUCUGCUUAUAAACUAGGAGACUGCUCCUUGGGCUGGGCUUUCUACACAGCGAUUGGUGGCACUAUUCUGACGUUCAUCUGUGCGGUCUUCUCGGCGCAAGCUGAAAUAGCCACAUCCAGUGACAAAGUGCAAGAAGAAAUAGAAGAAGGAAAAAACCUUAUCUGCCUCCUUUAAGUCCAGUGGGGAAAAAUACCAGCACACGGAUCUUAAUCUGCUUUCCAUUAACUGGAGAAGCAGAUGCGCUUACCUGUUUCUACCAUUUGUAUGAUUGAGCCCCAUGCAUUCCAGCCUCGAACUACUGAAAUGGUGUUUCUUCCUUGCUGGGCAAUGAGGAUCAGAGAAAGGAUCCCAGGAAAGCAGAAUGUAAAUACUUGGGGAUAUUUUAGUUUCAUUCUAUGGUCAGGACACAGUAGAAUAUAUUAAUCUGACUGGGGAGGUGAGGAAUCGUAUAUAUAGCAGGAAUGUUGUUGUUGUAACUGACAAAUUCUGAUUGAUCAGAUUGCCUUACCCACCUUGGUCACUUUGAAGAAUUUGCAUUAAAAAUAAUAAAAGCCAGCACAUUUUAUUUUUUUUUAUUAUGCAGAAGAGAAGCCUAUUUUAAUUAGGCUGUGUUUCCAAGGGCUCCCCUCACCUGUGAAUAUUUCACCACCACCUGGUUUGGUACCAUACUUUUCAUUAAGGUGCUUUUUGAUACUGAACUUCCUUAAAGUACAGUGCCUUCUCAGAUAGUAAGUAUAUGUUGGAGAGAGCAAAGUCAACGUGACACAGUUUGCACCAAUCUUUGAGCAUUUAAAAAGUUGAGGUUGAGUCCCUGCCAAGUUUCUUAGUCUGGAAACUUAGAGCGCAAGGUGUGUGCCACUUGUUGCAGGUAGAUUAUUUUGAUUCCAUUGACUAGACAGAAAGCUCUAGUUACACUGGCUUUCCCCUGAUUAUGAUGGAAUCGUUUGAAAUAACCAGUGUUAUUACAGCCUUCAUUAAAACUCCUGAAAUCUCAGGCAGAUGACAACUCCCCACAGGACAGCUAGGCAUUAUCUUGUGAAUGUCAACAGCCUGGCCUGGGCUGUAGCCUCUCCUACAACUGUAGAUCGCACAUUGGACUUUCAACAGUAGUAUUCUUUCUUUUGCCAGUGAAACCUCAUUUCUGGUCCACAGAUCAGUCUGUCUCGUGACCCAGAGCCACAUGAGUCCUUAAGAUAUCUACAUCUUUCAGAAAGUCUUACCAAACUCUACAUGGCUGGGAAGAUCUUUUACCUUUUUUUUUUUUUUUUUAACCGCAUGUACUAUGGACCCUUUUCCCGCCAAGUCAGCAGAAAUAAAACAGACCUUGCCACAAAUGACAGUCCUUUCUCAAAGGCGGUUGUAUUUUUUGGGAUAUUGCAUCACUUAUUAGAACUACUUCUGAAAACAAAUUUAAAAGGUAUUUAAAAAAACAAAGGAAUGAUGCAACUGUGCCAUAGGAGGAUUGGGGAUAAUUUAUCUGAGCAGUAGUUCUAGUGAAUUACUAGGUGAAUUUUAGAUGCCUCUUCCUGGCAGUUUAACAUCAUCCAAUGGGUGUUGCUCUCCAUCACCUCACUGUAUAAUACAGAGCAGAGAUUCUUGUUUAUGCUUAGUCAGUCCCUUAAAGCAUGCCAUGAGGAUUUUUUUUUAAUAGGUAUUAAAAAAUCAUUGUUACGGUAUAGGUAGACGGCUAAUUUCAGUACACCGCUGAAGUCAUUCACAAUACGAGAGCUGUCCAGCAGUCAUGACUGCCAACCCAGGACCGGCCUCGAGCCUGGGUGAACACUAGCAGUGGUGAACGCUCUGGUCCUGCUGCACAGCAUGGGCACCGCCUCAGCCUGGCCCAUCUAUGGAGCAAAGUGGGCCCGGCUGCACAGGUCCGUGCCCAGCGCACCCUCAGGCCAUGUGCCAGAUGGAUACAGAGGUGAUCGCCGAGCCACCACACACAAGGUCAACUUCUGCCAGUGUUAAAAAGGGAUUGUUUUAAUCUCGCCUCAUCUUGCAUUCACGUGCUCCCACAACCCAUGCCCACCAUAUUCUAGUUUAAAAUGGGUAAUUCACUUUUCUUUUAAAUAUCUGCCACAUCUGCCAACUGCCUGCACAAAGCAAGUUCUUAACAAGUCAAAAUUACUAGUACGAAGUGGUGCCCGAGGACAAAACUCACAGCCAGCACAUCCUGUCCACACAGUCUUUCCCCAUACGCAGCCUCUGAAGGGCACGUGCUUGGCUUGUACCUCAGAUCCAGCACAGCUGCUCCUUCCGGCGUUCCUCCUCAGCCCUCGCUGGCCUGUGCGCCACAGAGGCCAGGCCACCAGCCCAGCUCUGCUCCUCGGGGCUCCGGCUGGGGAAGUGGGGCUGGGAGAGUAAGCAUAGCCUAUGCAUCAGCUGAAAAUUACGUCUAAGAGUGACAGUUUUAGCUUUUCUUAGGUAGGUAGCAAUCCAAUGUCCACAUCGCCGCUGCCAACAAACCUUGACAUCAUAGCAGGGUGAUAAAUGCUGCUUUUGCUUGAGCGCUCAGUUAGUCAGAAUACAGUCAGGUCUUCCAAAAGGUAUAAAGGGCAUAUGCUGCUUCGGCUUAGAAGUAAACAAUGACCAACCUUCAUUUACAUUACUAGCUGACCUCUGCUGUGAUCUACAGAACGCUUAAAAAUUUUAAAUAGUGGGGUUUUUUUUUAAGAUCAAAGGAGAAAUUUUCAGUGGUGUGUUUUGCUUUUGUUUGUGUUUGUAACCAAGAAGAACCAGCUUUUCUGCUUGUUGCUGGAAUACUAUCACCUUAGUCUGCCACAACAUAAUCCGCUAACAACUUGCAAGAAUAGCCAUGUUCAUCACAUAGCACAAAUAGAAGACAGGCUGGGAAGAAAUACAGAAAUUUUUUAAAAAAAAAAAUCAGAAUUUCUUUUCUCAGGGUUCUGUUUUUCUAGCAAGUGGUAAGAUGGUAUAGAUUGCAGACUUCCCACCCCCUCACCCUCUCCAGCGAGGAUUUCAGGUGUAGAGCACACUCAUUAAAUUUUACAGCUGUUUAAAGUUGUGCCUGAAGUUCACCUCAGCAGUAGCUUUCAAAAAUAUUAAAAAAAAAAAGAAAAAAUAAAAUUUAAAAAAAAGAUAAAUCAGCUUAAAGCUAAUUUAAUUAACUUCAUGGCAGGGCUGCAGAAGAGUGUAACUGCUUCUUAAUGUACAUGCACUGCAUAGGAUCUAGAAGAAUUUGCUGUGGAUUCUUUAAAACCUGUGUGCCAAUCAGUUCAGUUUAACUUUGUUUUUGUGGUAUUGAAGACUUCUUCAAACAUCUGUGGUUUGAAUUCCUAAAUUUGUAAAGUGCCAUAGACCUUCCUUUCUUUUUAAAAAUUGUAGCAUAUUUAAAAUAUAUAUAUAUAUAUAUAUAUACACAAACUUGUGUGAGAUGUGCAAUAGCAGGAAUGGGUUUUGUUGUGGGAUUGUUUUUGGUUUUGGAAUGUUUUUUCUUUUUUUUUCCCCCUUCUUAGUUUUUGCUUUUGAACAAGGUAUUUGAAAAGGGACCGCCCAGGGAAGAAAUGGCUGGAGUUUUGGUUGUGUGAACAAACUAAAGCAUAGAGUAAUGCAGUAGAAUCACUGAUUUUGAAGAUUAAUACAGCAGUAGUAAUAGCAGAUUAAAGAUUUAAGAGAAGUCUCUUCUAGACUGAUUUUUAAUACUCAGAUCUAUAUAAUACAGACAAUUCAAAUGUGAAGCUCUCUCCAUCUCUGGCAAUAUACGAUCUAACAGCUGAAAAGCUCAGCAAGGUUUCUUACUGUGCUUUAUUUAUAGGUGUGGCACUGCAAAAAAACAUUGCUACUGAGCUACUUCUGGGUUGUCUAUGUCACCUUUGUAUCUGUUUCAAUCAAUAAAAGUUCUCUGGAUUCUGCAAUAUUUUUUUCAGCUGAGUCAUUUCCAUUUCACAUUGUUAUCCCACAUCAGAGUGUCUCACAUCCUAGUGGUAAGCAGAGAGGAGUUCAAGCCUUCCUUGGAAGCAGUGGGCGCUGGUGCCUGCCUCAAGGACAGGACAGAGCCCGACAGAAGCAGAGCAUGGCAGCAACACGUGCACCACAGCCGCUUUGUAUAGGAAGAGCAGCUGUGGCAAGCCAGCUAGCGUAGAUUUUGAGCCAUGGUUUAUUUGUGGUACUGUUUUUCUGUUCUUGACUCACCACUAUGUACAUUUGUUAGCAUGAAUGAUGUACCUAAUGUGUUAUUUUUAAUCUAAAUUUCAAUUAAAACGUGAGUUUUCAAACUUUA